AUGGAUGGAGAUAUAUCUCAGAAUACAGUUAACCCAGAUGGCCCUAAGGUCCUUGUCCAGACGGGCUACGACAGGAUCGCCACGACAUACCUGGAGUGGACGUCGAGCAAACCAUCGGCGCGUCUCGAAUACCUUGGGAAGCUGCUUCUGCAGUUACAGAAUGCGUCAAGGGCGACAGCUCCAGAAUUGGGUUGCGGCGCUGGCAUCCCGUGCACGAAACUCUUGGCAGAGCGCUGCGGCCACGUUAUCGCGAAUGACAUCUCAGGAAGUCAGAUUGCAUUAGCCCAAAGCAAUGUGCCGGGAGCUCACGUACAUUUCAUCAGGGAUGAUAUGACCAACCUGGCGCUGGAAGCCUCGUCGUUGCAAGCGGUCGUGGCAUUCUACUCCAUCAUCCAUCUCCCGCGCGAAGAACAACGGACAAUGAUGGCCCAGAUUUGGACGUGGCUAUCACCCGGUGGUUACCUUGUGUGCAAUCUCGGAGUCAGGGACGAUCCCGGCACGACACGACAGUGGCUAGGGUCUGCUAAGAUGUACUGGAGCAGCUUCGACGCUGAAACGAAUCUGCAAUCGCUGCGCAGCAGUGGCUUUACUAUCAUCGACAGCCAAAUUUUACCCGACAAUGAGGAUGGCCGGAUCGUCCCUUUUCUAUGGGUUCUCGCUCGCAAGGGCCUCAACGAGUGA